GGUAGCUGUGAGGAUGGAAAAGAGAGUGUGUGUCAUCCAAACGGACUUCCAUCAGUACCGACCUACAAUCAGACCACCAACACGUGAGGAGGACACUGUCCACGUAUCGGAACUGUGCUGUGUCCACCUGGAGAAGACACAACGUGAGCUAGAGCGGCAGCUAUCUGGCUUGUCAGAGUGUCUGGGAGAAGGGGAGGUCCGUUCAACUCGGCUGGUUCACCACAGAGACAGGAUGGAGGAAGAGUGUAACAGCCUCAGACAAGACCUAGACCAACUGGAGGGUGCCCUUAUUGCAUGUGAACGGGAUAAAGAGCAAGCCAUGGAGGACCUGCACAGGGAAGAGGAGAAGGUGGAUCUGUUGACCCAGCAGAAAACCCAACUACAGAUGCAAGUAGAAGAUCUAGAGUGUCAACUGGAGCAAGAGCGAUAUCAGCGAGAGGAGCUGGAAAAGAACAGUAAGAAGAUAGAAGGGGACAAUCUGUCUACUCAGGAGAGUCUGGAAGGGGUGGACAAGACGAGGAAUGGUCCGGAAGACACAAUCAGAAGGAAAGAUAUGGAGAUAAACAAUAUUCAGUCCAAACUUGAAGCUGAAGAGACCCUUAUCAAUGGAUUGCAGAAAAAGAGCAGAGAACUGCAGAACUUUAUGGAGUUUUAUGGAGAACGGACCCCUUAA